GAGGCGGGCCCCCGCCUUGCCCCGGCGGCUCGCCGCGCCCACCCCGCUCCGCGCCGAGGGCUGCAGGAUGAGUUCCCCAGGGUCCGGAUACUUGAUCCUUGAAUGUGCCCAUUCACAAAUUCAUUUGCACUUCAGUUGAACAGCCAUAAGCCAAAAUUUAUGAAAAUAUGCAUCAGUUUAAUACUGUCUUGGAAUUCAUGAGAUGGAAGCAUAGGUCAAAGCUGUUUGGAGAAAAUUGGAAGUACAGUUUUAUCUAGCCACAUCUCUGAGGAGUCAGGAGAAAGCAGUGGAAGUUGGAGUCAUUGUCAAGUGAUUGAGACCUUUUACAAGAAAAUCUCAUUGAAUGAAAGUCUUUUAAAUUAGUGACAUAACAAGACUAGUUAUUAAAGGUGACCGUGUACAGGGAACGUUAAAAUUGAACAAUGACUCAGCGGUAUAUUUACAUCAGAUUAUUGGGAGCCUAUCUGUUCAUCAUUUCUCAUGUUCAAGGGCAGAAUCUAGACAGUAUGCUCCAUGGUACUGGGAUGAAAUCAGACUCCGACCAGAAAAAGUCAGAAAAUGGAGUAACCUUAGCACCAGAGGAUACCUUGCCUUUUUUAAAGUGCUAUUGCUCAGGACACUGCCCAGAUGAUGCUAUUAAUAACACAUGCAUAACUAAUGGGCAUUGCUUUGCCAUCAUAGAAGAAGAUGACCAAGGAGAAACCACAUUGGCUUCAGGGUGUAUGAAAUAUGAAGGAUCUGAUUUUCAGUGCAAGGAUUCACCAAAAGCCCAGCUACGCCGGACAAUAGAAUGUUGUCGGACCAACUUAUGUAACCAGUAUUUACAACCUACACUGCCCCCUGUUGUUAUAGGUCCAUUUUUCGAUGGCAGCAUUCGAUGGCUGGCUUUGCUCAUUUCUAUGGCUGUCUGCAUAAUUGCUAUGAUCAUCUUCUCCAGCUGCUUUUGUUACAAACAUUAUUGCAAGAGCAUCUCAAGCAGACGCCGUUACAAUCGUGACUUGGAACAGGAUGAAGCAUUUAUUCCAGUUGGGGAAUCAUUAAAAGACCUUAUUGACCAGUCACAAAGUUCUGGUAGUGGAUCUGGACUACCCUUAUUGGUUCAGCGAACUAUUGCCAAACAGAUUCAGAUGGUUCGGCAAGUUGGUAAAGGCCGAUAUGGAGAAGUGUGGAUGGGUAAAUGGCGUGGUGAGAAAGUGGCAGUCAAAGUGUUUUUUACCACUGAAGAAGCUAGCUGGUUUCGAGAAACGGAAAUCUAUCAAACCGUGCUAAUGCGCCAUGAAAACAUACUCGGUUUUAUAGCAGCAGAUAUUAAAGGUACAGGUUCCUGGACUCAGCUCUAUUUGAUUACCGAUUACCAUGAAAACGGAUCUCUCUAUGAUUUCCUGAAAUGUGCUACACUAGACACCAGAGCCCUGCUUAAGUUGGCUUAUUCAGCUGCCUGUGGUCUGUGCCAUCUCCACACAGAAAUUUAUGGCACUCAAGGAAAACCUGCAAUUGCUCAUCGCGACCUAAAAAGCAAAAACAUCCUCAUCAAGAAAAAUGGAAGUUGCUGUAUUGCUGACCUGGGCCUUGCUGUUAAAUUCAACAGUGAUACAAAUGAAGUUGAUGUACCUUUGAAUACUAGGGUGGGUACCAAACGCUACAUGGCUCCAGAAGUGCUAGAUGAAAGCCUGAAUAAAAACCAUUUCCAGCCCUACAUAAUGGCUGACAUCUAUAGCUUUGGCCUGAUUAUUUGGGAAAUGGCUCGUCGUUGUAUCACAGGAGGAAUUGUAGAAGAGUACCAAUUGCCAUAUUAUAACAUGGUACCCAAUGAUCCAUCAUAUGAAGAUAUGCGUGAGGUUGUGUGUGUCAAACGUUUGCGGCCAAUUGUGUCUAAUCGAUGGAACAGUGAUGAAUGUCUACGAGCAGUUUUGAAGCUAAUGUCAGAAUGCUGGGCUCACAAUCCAGCCUCCAGACUUACAGCUCUGAGAAUCAAGAAGACACUUGCCAAGAUGGUUGAAUCUCAAGAUGUAAAGAUUUGACAGACAGACAAUCAUGAGGAGAAAUUCUAGACUGCAAGAACUGUUUUCACCCAAGGAACGGGUGGAAUUAGAAUAGAAUAAGGAUGUUAACUUGGUUCUCAGACUCUUUCCUCACUACACCUUCACAGGCUGCUAAUAUUAAACCUUUCAGUACUCUGUAGAAUACAAGCUGGGAACUUCUUCUAAACACUUCCUUCUUUAUAUAUGGACAGCUUUAUUAUAAAUGUGGUUUUUGAUGCCUUUUUUUUAUUGGGUUUUUAUGAACUGCAUCAAGACUUCAAUCCUGAUUAAUGUCUCCAGUCAAACUCUGGGUACUGAAUUACCUGUUCAUAAAAUGGUGCUUUCUGUGAAAGCCUUAAGAAGAUAAAUGAAUUCAGCAGAGAUGGAGAAAUAUACACUUUUACCUUCUACCUGAGAAAAUUUAAUCUAUUUGUAUUCUACCUUUGUAAACAGCCUAUGGAUCAUGAUCUGUUUGGGAUACUGCUUAGUUUAUGAUAGUUUGUCAUGCCUUGGUAAUGGUGUGUGUGUGUGUGU